CUGAUUUCCAUAGUAACAAUAAUAAUUAAGAACUUUUUGUUUGACGAUUGGUUGUCAGUUGACACGCGCGCGUCGUAAAUCAUUUCUUCUGCAGUUUCAUUUCCUCGCACCGUCGGCACACGAUAUUCUAAUGUUCCGAGGUAAUAUCGACCUGCAUUUGAGCUACAAACGUCAUCAUGAUUCCAUUUUGCGAUGGCAACUUGCCGAGUACUGGGUAAGUAGGUUGCACAUCAUAUGAGUUAGAGAGCUCAAUGUCAAGGGUUUUGGAUUGCAUUGGGAUUGUCACAUAAUUUUCCAGUAGAACUUGUUCUCUGCCUUUGCAUAGCUUAUGUUCUCAGCUAUGCUCGAAGGAUGUCCAAAGUCCAGUAGCGCCCGACCCCUAAGCUUCCGGGUCUACAAGAAGCGGUGAAGCCAUCAGAGGUACUGUACCUGCCCUUAAACAAGUCCCUGGGGAAGCUUUAUUUGAGUAACAUCACCCUCGUCCGAAGAGCUGACAUACGCGACUGAGUCAUCCGGAAGCGAGAACGAAUCCCGCCUUAGUCUGCUGCUCCGCCCUUCGAAUUCUCGUGCAGGAUAUCUUCUAUGGGUCUCCAUGCAGAUGUCAAGGACAAUCAAAGUAGCAUAUGUAGUUCUUCUUGUAGACCUUGAUGGGAUGCUCGUUGUGCGCCAAGUUGGUACUUUUGAGUCUCCGGACAUAGCUCGUUGGGUGAGAGCUCAAGGUGCUCGUUCGACGACGUCGCUUGUUCUUCUGAACACGUUGAGAAAUAAGGAACGAGAAGUGAAGCUCGAGGAGCAUCAAAUAGAGUGGGAGAUGAAGGUGGUGUCGAUUUUCCGCGUCAGAGUGCAGUACUAUCGCGAGGGACAGGAGAACUGCCCGAAGCCUAUUUGAGAACGAGAUUUUGUUCUUCUCGAUAUAUCAGUCGCCGAUACGUGUUUCAUGAAAAUCAUUCACUAGCUUUUGAUUUUGAUGAGCUAGAGCGGAAGACCGACAUUGGAAGAUGGGGAAACAAGAACCUGGAUUCGUGAGACAUUGGUGAGAAGACAGCUGAGAAGCCGACCGCAGGAAUGUCGUUCGGAAGCAGGGGACGGCCCGGAUGGUACAGCAGUGGUGAGGAGGAUGAAGACGAUGAGGACGAAGGGAAGAAUCGAAAUGUCAAAGGCGGAGAAGAGAAAAAUAGUGCCCCUGGAAGUGGUGGUCUUGUGCCGUCGAAGUCCACGGUAUACGUCAGCAACUUGGAUUUCUCCCUCACCAAUAGCGACAUUCAUACCAUCUUCAGCACUUGCGGGAAGAUUGGCAAGGUCACUGUUAUGAAAGAUAAGCAAACCAGACAAAGUAAAGGUGUUGCGUUCAUAAUGUACACAGAUCGUGAGGAUGCGCAAAAUGCGGUAAAAGUAAUGAAUGGCAAGAUUUUGAACAAAAGAACCAUCAAGGUGUCAAUUGCAGCUGACAAUGGACGUGCACGGGAGUUCAUUAGACGCCGUAUUUAUAAAGACAAGAGCCGAUGCUACGAAUGUGGUGAGGAAGGGCACUUGUCGUACGAAUGUCCGAAAAAUCAGCUAGGAGCGAGAGAGCGACCAGUCCCGAAAAAGAGACGCAAGGGUCAGUACCCCGAAGAUGGUGGAUUUGCCAAGCAAGCAGCGGAAGAAAGUGAGGAAGAAGUGGAUGAAACACAGUUUGAAGAUGAUGAUUGGGCAUCUGUUGUAGCUCCAAGGGGAAUGCCUGGUGCUGAAGCAAGUGGAAUGAAUAAGGAAACACCACCUUCAAGGGGCUUGAAGGGACCAAAGAAAAGAUCAGGCUACUUCAGUGAUGAAAGUGAUGACGAUUCGUAGAGAGUCAUGUUAUUGCUUUCGGUCGUGACAUCAGCUCUUUUUCACUGGGGAUAGGUACAAGUGUCUGACAAUGUUACUUCAAAGGCAACAACCAAGAUGAUACCGCAGCCAGGAUGACAUCUCAGGAUACCAAGCCUCCUCAUACAUGACAGCCAUAACACAAAUUGUCUACUUGUUUGAGAACUUCGGUGCAUAUAUCUCAACUUGAACAAUUGAGGUAGGGAUGUGACCCUAACAAAUCCGAGCCAAGUUCGCAACGGUAGGUCUCGUUGUAGUUCAUAGAGUGUAUACAUGUUCACGUUGUGAACAACACAUCGCGAUAAUCAGUAAGGUAGGGCAAAUUGUCCGAAACUCUCAAUUAUCCACUUGUAAACAUUAUUAUGCUGCUUUCAAAAGUCCUCCUGUACCGUUUCUGCACUCCUCUUGAUUCCUGGAUUGAGCCUAUCUUGCGAAUUUAAUGGUCCAUAUGACCUGGCCGCCUUGAACUGGCCCACCCUGAACUCUAAAAGCUUAAUUGAUUCCACCUUCCAAGCUGGGCAAGCUACAAGGUUCGCUUUUGCGGAGUGUCGCUUGCAGAUUAACGUAGUUAGAAGCAGGUUAGAAUACAACCAGUUCUGGAUGUAAACUCAGAUGCUCUAAGAUCCUUGCGAAACUGUCUAUUCAGCCUCGUACUUAUUCGUGACUGUGACUCAUGCACCGGCUUUUCCCAGAAAUCUGUAUUUGGGCUUUGUAGAACUCCUGCUUUGUUUCCGGCCCGUGGAUUCGAAUAAGGAAACUCCUACUACCGGUGGAACAUGGACAUGGUCAGAGGAGCCCAGCUCUCAAGGAAUAGCUUUAAUACAAAGUGGGCUUUUGGGGCUCAAAUGUACAAUUUUAUCAGACGUCAAGAGCGUUUGGAGUCGUCGGAC